AUGGCGGCUGCCAGUCCCUCAAACGUCAUUCGGAGGAAACUCGUCAUCAUCGGAGACGGAGCAUGCGGAAAGACCAGUCUUCUCAGCGUCUUUACGCUUGGAUACUUUCCAACAAUUCCCACCGUAUUUGAAAAUUAUGUGACAGAUUGCAGGGUAGAUGGCAAGUCUGUACAGUUAGCAUUGUGGGAUACAGCAGGUCAAGAAGAUUACGAGCGGUUACGCCCCCUAGCCUACUCCAAGGCCCACGUCAUCUUGGUGGGCUUCUCAGUCGAGUCUCCCGACUCGCUGGAUAACGUCAGGCACAAGUGGGUCGAAGAGGCUACUCGACUGUGCGCUGGUGUCCCCAUCAUCCUCGUCGGCCUGAAGAAGGAUCUUCGUGAAGAUCCCGUGGCCAUAGAGGAGAUGCGUAAGAAGUCACUAAACUUUGUCACGACACACGAUGGCGAGGUGGCGGCUCGCGAGAUCGGCGCCAAGAGAUACCUCGAGUGUUCUAGUCUGAGCGGCGAGGGCGUCGACGACGUCUUCGAGGCCGCUACCCGCGCUGCCCUCCUUACAUUUGAAAAGGGCGAGAGCAGCGGCUGCUGCGUCAUCCUGUGA